AUGGCCGUUAUGAGUGGUUUCAGGAUUCUUCUAUCUUCCAAAUCGAGGUCACUCACGACGACGGCAGUCGCUAAAUCGUGGUGGUCGGCGUCGUACUCCUCCUCCGCGGCGGUGGCGAGUGAUGAAAGUUUGGAGAGCGGCGCGUAUUUGAAAGAUUAUGCUGAUUAUAGAAGAUCUCUGUACGGUCAGAUUACGCAUAAAGCUCUUCUCGUUGAUGCUGUUGGUACUCUUGUUCUUCCUUCUCAACCUAUGGCUCAGAUAUAUAGACAAAUUGGGGAGAAAUAUGGUGUGGAGUAUUCAGAGGAAGAGAUUUUGGAUAGAUACAGAAGAGCUUAUAGUCAGCCUUGGGGUAAAUCUCGUCUCAGAUAUGUUAAAGAUGGUAGACCGUUCUGGCAAUACAUAGUUAGUAAUUCUACCGGCUGUGAUGAUUCUCAAUACUUUGAAGAACUUUAUAACUAUUAUGUGACAGACAAGGCAUGGCACCUAUGUGACCCUAAUGCAGGAGAAGUGUUCAAAGCUCUUAGAAAAUCAGGUGUAAAAUUGGCUGUUGUGUCAAAUUUUGACACCCGGUUAAGACCUCUCUUGAGAGCAUUAAACUGUGAUGAAUGGUUUGAUGCUGUAGCAGUAUCAGCUGAGGUUGCAGCAGAGAAACCAAAUCCAACUAUAUUUCUCAAAGCGUGUGAACUAUUGGACGUAAAACCUGAGGAUGCUGUUCAUGUCGGGGAUGACCGUCGUAAUGAUGUAUGGGGUGCUAGAGAUGCAGGCUGUGAUGCCUGGCUUUGGGGAAGUGAUGUUCACUCUUUUAAAGAGGUAGCACAGAGGAUCGGGGUCCAGGUCUGA